AUGCAGGAAUUGUUUACCCCGCGGAUGAUGAACGUGCGCCCCCCCCUCCCUUCUCUCCCAUCUUCAGCAGGUUCGCGCUCUCUCACUCGCAUUUGCCUCGACAACCUACCAACCAUCCAGAACGUGCUCCAAAAUUGGCACAAUCGCGCCAUGUUUGCGAAUUUCGAGCUGUGGUCUGGCGGCCUAGUCGAUUAUGCGGCCAAAAAGAGACAGCCGCGAUCCAAGACUGGAUGCAUCUCCUGCCGUCGCAUCAAGAAGAAAUGCGAUGAGGCGAGACCAGUCUGCGGGAGAUGCCUCCAGCGCGGGCACACGCGCUGCACCUGGACAUGUGAGCCUCUGCGGGCCGUCGUCGUCGCGUCGUCGUCUCCAGAAAGCUGCAUGCGGGAGCGACAACGGCCGCCCCGGAGCCGGGCGGACGAGUACGAUGACUCCUCUUUCCCCUCGAUCCGCCCCAGCUCCAGCUUCCUCGUGCAUUUCCGCGAGGCGGGGCUCGCCGGGGUGGUUCCGGCAGCGCACGCGUGGGAGGUCGUGUGCCACGCGAACCGCGCCGUGCACGGCGCGUACUUUGACGACCACUACACGAUUCUCGUGCCUCUGCUCCCGCUGCUUGCCGAGUUUCCCUCGUACGCGUACACGUGGCUCGCUCUCGGGGCGGCGCAGCUCGCGCAGCAGCAGCAGCCGUCGUCGUCGUCAUCUUCCCCGGACAGCAGCCCCUGGCGCCUCACGGCGCUCAAGUGCCACUCCAAGGCCGUGUCCGGGUUGCGGCGGCACCUGGCGUCCUCGCCGGUGCCGCAGGAAUGGGCGCUGUGCUGCGUGCUGCUGCUGCACAUUUUUGAAAAAUUCGGCGACGGCCAGCAGCAGCGCUGGCCGUCCGACGCGCACGUCAAGUCGGCGCGCGGCUAUUUCCUGCACCGCUUCGUCGAGUGCCCGCCGACGAGCAUGCGCCACAUGCUCCAGCUGGAGAGUAUCAUCUACCGCAUCGCCGUCACGAGCCUGUUCCGGCCGCGCGAGGACUGCUGCUGCACCUUUCUCGACCGCUUUGUCGACAUCUGGGCCGCCGCGUCGUCGAGCAUCCGGUGCGGCGGCCUGUGGCGGCACAGUCUGUGGAUCGGGCUGCCGCCGUCCACCUUCAACGCCGUCUUCAAGCUCUCGGUGCUCCUCCGCCAGGUGCCGCUCAACGCGCCGCAGCGCGCCGAGCUGCAGCGCGUGGAAGAGCAUCUACCCGCCGCGCAUCUGCCGCCGCGCAGAGCGUUGCUGCCGGCGCCCGGUGCGCACCGUGAAGAACGCGGCGGGCGCCCGGCGCUGACGCUGGACGAGCAGUCGCACGCUGCGCAUUGCCUCUUCACCAGCGCGUGCUGGAUUGUCCUGGCCAAGACGCGGCCUGCGGCGCCGACGCAGGACCAGGAGCGCAUACGCGAGCUGGCCCUCUCCGGCUGCAGCUGGCUCGACUGUCUGAUCCAGGCCGAGUUCUUCUCCCCGGUCCUGCUCUGGCCCGUCAUCAUCAUUGGCCUGGCUGCCGCGACCGUCCAGGAGCAGAACACGGCGACGGCCUACGUCAAUGCGCUGGCGCACACGUCAGGGCCCCAGGCCUCGACUUCGGUCACCCGGCUGUUCAAGACGGCGUGGGAAGGCGUAAAUGGGGCCGAACCGGCGGGCCUCGACAUGUUGUUUGAUUCCGAAGCGCUUGCCACUGUUUUCAUUUGA